GGAUUUAUUUGUAACUUGAGCAAUAGCGUGACAAUUUAGGACGUGUUUUCCAUUAUUUCUGCUGGAACUUGUAUCACCGCCUCUUGUUUCCGCACGGAGCGGAAAGAUGUCGGAGCCAGUGUGUUUUGACAGCCAAUGCUGGUUCUGACUCAAAUGUAACAGUACAGGUCCGGACUGAGAAUCAAAAUAGGCCCUGGCAUUUCAGGUACCCAGAGGCCCAAACAGGCCACACGGUGGCCCAAACAGCCCCCCACCAGCCCACUAAAUAGUACCCACUGACGAAGAACUGGAGACAUCCUGAACCCAUGCAGCUUUAAUAAGAUUCUGUUUUUAUAAUUGCCCACAAUGAAUUCACUGGUGUCUUAUGAUGAUUCUGAUUCAGAUUCCGAGAGGACAGAGAAUUUAAAAGUCCGUGGAAAAGAACAACCUGUUAAAAGCUGUACCAGCUUUGCUGUCUCUUUUCCAUCAAGAGUUUAUGAAGAUGACAACUUUUCUAAGGAGAGGGCUUCCUACAUUGGCAAUGACCUUCCUAGUACCGGCAAAUAUGUAAAUAGAGCUGGCAGUAGUAAUCACGCAAAAAAAUAUUUUCCAGACACAAACUAUGCUUCCUUAGUUCAUUCUACAAGUUCUUCUGCCAAUACCUUAAGGGACACUUCUUCAUAUGCACCUAAAAGACCACCAAGUGGUGAUGCAGACAGUAAUAUAGCUAUUAAACCAUAUAUACCAAAACGACAGAGACAGGAGCAGAUGCCCAGUAAUGACAGUGUGGGGGGAGCAGUUACAGAAAGUCAUACACACUUUUCCAACAGCAACAUAUUGGAAAAUGUGUUCAGAGUAUCUGACUACCUGAAACCCUUCUUGCUUUCAAAGUAUACUUCCACUGAGAUUCCUAGAAACCUGGUGUUUCAGAUGAAUGAGCAUACAGGACCAGUGAACAGAGUCCAGUGGUCUCCUGUACAGCAGUACAGCCACCUUCUCCUCUCUGCAUCAAUGGACACAACUAUCAAGAUCUGGAAUGGUGUUGAUUCAGGAAAGUGUUUAAAAACUUUCUCACACCACAGUGGGGCAGUUCGUGAUGCACAGUGGUCUGCGUGUGGCCAAAAAAUUCUGAGUGGUGGAUUUGACUCCAUGCUGUAUUUGACAGAUGUUGAAACAGGGAAAGCGCUGUUUAGUGCAAGAAAUGAAUUUAAGAUUGGCCUAGUUCGGUUUCACCCAAAUGAUCCUAAUCUUUUUGUAUGUGGCGGAUUCUCUCCUGCGCUGAGAGCCUGGGAUAUGAGGACAGAUCAGGUGAUACAUGUAUACAAAGCUGGAGUGCAACAACAUUUUGAAGUCCUCUUUCUUCCUGGUGGGAAAGAAUUUCUUAGCACCACGGACUCUGUGAGUCGGGAUUCUGCAGACCGCACAAUCCUUGCUUGGGAUUUUCACACUGCUGCAAAAAUCUCCAAUCAGAUUUUCCAUGAGCGAUACACAUGUCCAAGUCUUGCUUUGCAUCCAAAAGAAAGUAUAUUUGUUGCACAAACAAAUGGAAAUUACAUGGCUUUGUUUUCUACUCAGCGCCCAUACAAAAUGGAUAAGAAAAAGAGAUUUGAAGGACAUAAGGUGGAAGGGUUUGCUGUGGGAUGUGAGUUUUCUCCCGAUGGAUCUCUUCUAGUAACAGGAAGUUCUGAGGGCACAGUUUUCUUCUACAAUUACCAUACUGGCAGAAUUGUCCGCUCUAUAGCUGGUGAUGGCAGUGCUUGCGUCAGUGUCAAUUUCCACCCUGUUCUUAAUUCACUUCUUGUAACAUCUUACUGGGAUGGGCAAAUCCGAAUAUGGCAGUAACUACAUCAAAUGCUGUUACAGUUGGAUAUAAUAGUGGGAGCUUCACCAUAUCUUGUUAUUUUACAGGAGUUCUAUUGUACAUUUCUUUCUUGGAACAUAUUCAUGGAGUUGUGCAUAUUUAAAGCUAAUAUACACUUAUUGCAGAUAAUUUUGUGUGCUACAACAGAAGAAAACAAAGAAGAACUAACAUAGAGCACGCUUAUCUUGACUAACUAAAUGUCCAAAUAGAUGCAAAUAGACUGUAUGUGGCUCUAUAAGUAGAUGGUGAGUCAACAACUACUUCCCCCACUUAUACUGGCUUUUAAAAUGGAUGGGAUUUAAAAUGUUUUUCCAUUAAUAUUUGAUGUUAUUCCAUUAAUAUUUGAUCCCCCUUGGCCUAGAAUAUAGCGGACAGGGACCGAUAUAACUUCAAUAUGACAAGCUGAAUAGGACUUUAAAUAAAAUUUUUAAGAGCAGGGUCACCUUCCCAGUUGUAAUUGUGUCUUCAUAACCUGUACAAAGUAACCUGAGAGUAAGCACUGAAGAUUGUGUGUUGGCAGCAGGUAAAGGAUUAAAUGAUAAAUAAAAAAUAUUUGAUUUAUA